UUGAAGAAGCGUACUCAGGGCUGUGGUCAGUGUGCUCCUGCCAGCGUACAGAUUGUGGUAAUGUGUCUACCUGGACAAGCCCAAGAACGGCGGAGCCACAAGAAGAAACAGAAGUGAAGUACCGCGCUGUCUUAAUAUGCCCACCAAAAGGGACUUAAUGGGAAGCUACUUUAAGAAACACCUGACAGAAGACCCAGGUGGCCAGAGUGUUCGCAUUGGACGAGGAAGUGCUCUUCCAGGAAGUGUUCCUAUUUCACCAGGAAGUGUUCCUAUUUCACCAGGAGCUGUAGUAGGACGUGGACCAGGAUAUGUACUAUUAGGAAGGACACUUUCAAAAUGGCGUAUGAUAAAACCAGGAAGUGGAUCAACAGUUGGCACAGGGAGGGGACGUGGUCGGCCCCCUAAACACUUCACCAAACGGAGGAGACGAGUAUGGAGCCAGGGCCCCGAGAGUGAUACGACAGAGACGGACGAGAGUGACGAGGAAGAGGAACCAGGUUACACCGUUUCCACCCAGUCGUUGGAGCACAGCCCUGRGGGAGAGGAUGGAGAGAGAUGGGCGGAACUACAGGAGUACGAYGACGAUGUGCCUGAACAAAUAUAUCAGAUGUCUCCAUCCUCCAUCGUGCCUGUAAACCCCGGUAGUGGUUUAUCUGAGUCAGAGGAACCCUACCCCAGCAGCUGUGUGCAGCCCUACCCCUAUCCCCAGCCCUACCUCUAUCAGCAGCCCUACCCCUAUCCCCAGCCCUACCCCCAGAGCUGUUACCAGGGCGACCAUGGCAACCUCCAGUUCAUCAGGAUGAACGGCAACCAAAUUACCAUCACCCCUGGCCCCAGCCUCGCUUCUCAGGCCUCCACAGUCCUGGAACCUGCGGUUGAACCCCCGUCCGUUAACUACAUGACAUCUGAACCAACGGCUGUGCAGCAAAGAGGUCCGCCUCUACACCAGCCCCUGACCGAGCCCUCCUCACCGUACAGUAUGAGCAGGACAGAGACGGGCACGCUAGACUACACCGAGGAGGAGCAACUCGUAGAGCUGUUCGCCGAGAUACCUCGAACCGUCAUCCACCUCGGACCACUUGACCCGCCAGAGGUCACAGGGUCAAAGGGCAUGCCUAGGUUGACCGCCGAGGUCAUCCACGAUGUCACUCCCGAUGAUGUCACUCCAGAGAUCACAGAGAUCUUCAGUCUGGCCGACGGCAGCGAGUCCUGUGGUGACGGGAGCGAGGCAGCUCUAUUUGGGUUCCUGAGGGCCCUGCGCCGCACGGUGCUACCAGCCCACUGGGUCGGGGUCAUGGCCAGGGGACCUCUAUUACAACUCCUCCAGUGCUCUAAACUCUCCACCAUGGCUGACACGGUUCUGCUGAUCCAACCGGGCUUCUGCUUCCAGGUGACGGUACAGGGCCAGCCCCUGCUGCUGACCCACCCCCUGUACGAGGUCCACCCUCCCCGCCUCGGAACCAUCACCCAGCUGGUCACUCUGCUGCUGGACCUGGAGACCCUGAUGGUCUGCCCCGGCUUCCCUGUCAGGCAGCCCGCCCUGGAGGACACGGGCAUGGAGGUGAUGGAGCCCGUCCUUUGUGUGAGGGCGGCCAUCUGUGAACUGCUGGUCCCCCUGGAGGAGGAGAGGUGUGAGAGGUGUAGAGACAUCGUGGAGGAGGAGGACCUGGAACUUGUGGAGGAGGGGGGACUGGAAUUUGAGCUGGAGUUGGGGGAGGAUGGGUGGGUGUAACAGGGUUGGAGGGUGUGACUUGAACCCCCGGGACAAGACUGUGUUAGCCUGCUGAGCUAAAUCCUAAACUUGUGUUAGUCCACCAAGCUAAAACUCUAGGCAGGUUUACUUGUUAUGCAAGUGUGGUUCACGGAACCACGUAAAUACAGGAACCCAAGUCCAGGUUGCUCAUCAAGCCAGCAUGGUUCACCGUACGGGACUUUGUUUUUUGGAGAACCAGGACGUGGAUGGGUACACCUCCAAACCAACGCAGAAGUGCCUGCGUAUGAUUGACAUUCAAUUUGGUGCUUUUAGAAAUAGAAUGACUAGAAAAUCAUUCUAUUCAUUGUAUUUCUAUGACUAGAAUUCUGUCUUUAGUUAUGGACAUGACUGAAAAUGUCUUCCAACACAUCACGGGUCGUUUACCAUUAGAUCAGGCAGACCAGUGUUGUUUUUUACUUCUGUAUUUGACACUUAAUGUUGUUGGCAUUUAAAACAAAUGAAAGUUCUCAACACGAGGCAACUGGGAUAUCAACAUGACUACUUGUCUUUGGUUUCUGGAC